CCCAGGGGCCAUCGUACUGUACCAAUCUGAACUUUGGUCUGGGGUCCAGUGGUCCUGUCUUGGGUAUCCCUGGCUCUGAGCUCCAGGCAGAUGUAGAGUACACCUUCAGACUGACGGUCCGCAAGGAGGGAAUGGCCCCAGAGUCUACUACACAGACCGUGCUGGUCCAGAGUGGUCGUAUCCCCAUGGUCUACCUGGAGUGUGUCUCUUGUAAGGCCCGGUCCAUCUUCGAGGUCAGUCAGAACUCCUAUGUCUACCUGGCUGGAACCUGCACCAACUGUCACCCCUUCCACCGCGGGCGUUGGACGGCAGUCACCCUUCGUAACGAGACCCUGGUCCUGGACUCCAGCAGCACAACAACUGGACGUGACAGUAUGAACCUGGUUCUCCGCCAGGGCAUCCUGCAAGACGGAGACUCCUACGUCUUCACCCUCCACGUAACCGACGGCAACAUGGACCGCGAGGGCGUGGCGUCCAUCACGCUACAGCCCAACAUGCCCCCGGCGGGCGGUGACUGUGACCUCCGAGUGGGGGGAGGAGGAGAGGGGGGACCAAUCAGAACACUGGUGGACAGGGUGUACUUCAACUGUUCAGGUUACAGUGACCUGGGCGUGUCAGAGACCCCUCUCCUGUAUAGCCUGUUGGUGACUCGCUGCAGUGACACGCACUGUGAGGAGUUCUGUGUGUAUAAAGGGACCAGUGCAGAGCACUCUGCCUUCCUGCCCCCUGGGUUCAGAUCAGGUCGAUACAGGGUGUCAGCAUCCAUUACUGUAGAAGACCACCAGGGGGCAGCAAUCACCGCUCUCAACAAGUCUGUGGACGUGGUUCUUCCAGACAGUCCUCCAGGCUACAGCAGCCUGCCCCACUGGCUCAGUGAGCUGACCUCCACCACACUCAGACAGCUACUGAAACAGGGAGACUCACAGAGGGUCAGAGAGCUGUCCCUGGCCCUGAUCACUGUUCUCAAUGAGUAUGAGCAGACCCGUGAGUCGCCGAUAGUAUCCAGGGCAGAGCGCGGUUACCGGGUCAUCGUGCGUAGUGACAUCACCAGAGCUCUCACGGCCCUCGACCUGACAACAGUUAACGACAUACAGCAGACCUCGGCUGCCCUGGCACAAUGCACGUUUAUCUGUGAGGAAUGUCAGAACAGCACGUUGAAUAAGCUGGAGUUGAUGUUGGACAUCCUGGAGACAGACACCAAGCAGGGAACAGUCACACCUACUGAGAUAGCAGACAACAUCCUCAACAUCAUGGGUGACCUUAUCCACCAGGUAAGCCAGUCGGCCUCCCAGCAGCUCUUGGGGCCCCCCUACCCCGACCUCCAGCUGGACUCCUCCCUUCCCCAGCCUCACCAGCCCCCCGAGGCACACCCCCUGCGCGUAGCAGCCCAGGCCUAUAAUCUGUCGUCGGCGCUGAUGCGUAUCCUGAUGCACUCCCGCGUCCUUAACGAGGAACCACUGGUGCUGCGGGGGACGGAGAUCGCCGCCACGGGAAAACGGGCCGACCCCCAGUCGCUGUUCUGCUACCACGACGAUGACUCACCGGAGUGCAGACGGUUCUCCAUCCCCAGAGCCUUCAACAACAGUCUGAGCAGAGCAGCUACCAGCGUGGUACAACUCAUGUUCCAGGUGGAGCCCAACCCGUUCCCCUUUAACUUUGUGGCUAACUACACAGUCAGUACCGAGGUGGCCUCCAUGGAGUUCCGGGCAGAGAACGGUUCCCAGAUCCCAAUCUCAGACCUCGACGACAACCAAGCCAUCACCGUUGCCGUGAACAAUGGCAGCGCCACCGACAGCAAUGGGGCAGGGGUGACGGGAGUCCCUUUAGCCAGGGACAUUAACGUGAGCCGGUGUGACUCUGUCAUCGUACGAGUCAGCGCCGGUAACUCCAACCAGCAGGCCGGACUGUUCAUCCAACUCAACUUCACCACCCUGGACGACGGGGUGAGGUCAGAGGUGAGCGAGGCGGACCCCUCCAUCAUGACCUACCUCCACUCCUCCAACUGGCCCAACGAGUUCAACUUCACAGACAGGAAACGCAUCACACUCAGCAUGACCAGGGGGCGGGACCUGGACCACAGGAAGUACACCUUCUUCCUGUCCCCAGAGUCCCAUGACACGACCCUGGACUACUAUGUCAACGUGACAACGGGCUGUACCACUGACUCCCCCAGCGCGGGGGUGCGUCUGGAGGUGGGUGUGUUUACGUCCCUGUGCCAGUACUUCAGCGAGAGCGCCAAGCUGUGGCGUACGGACGGCAUGGUGCCACUGGCAGAGACUAAUGCCAGCCGGGCCGUCUGCAGCACCCGCCACCUCACAGCCUUCGCUGCCAGUCUCUUCGUUCCACCUGAUGCUGUCACCUUCAUACGGCCUGAGCGGGGGGUUCCCAGCCUCGUGGUGUUGUUGACGUGUGUGGUGGGGUUGCUGUGUUACGCCGUGGCGGCGGCCAUCUUACAUAAACUGGACCAGCUGGACCUGAGGAGGGCGGGGACGGUGCCGCUCUGUGGACACGACGGAACAUUCAAGUACGAGGUGCAGGUCAAGACCGGCUUCAGCCGCGGGGCAGGCACGUCGGCACAUGUAGGCAUCAGUGUGUACGGCUGUGAGGGGCGUAGCGGGCAUCGACACCUGGACAGCCCCGGGGCCUUCGCACGUAACGGACUGGACAUCUUCCACAUCGCCACGGAAACUAGCCUGGGCAGCGUCUGGAAGAUCCGCGUCUGGCACGACAACAAGG